ACUUGCAGAGCAGCAAACUGAUCUUCAAUCAGAUGCUGAGGCUGACUCUGGAAGGCCACCAAAAAGAAAGAUCAAGCCAACUAGGCAUAUGGAUAUGUAUGAAAGUGAGGAGGAUACCUUUGUCCCAAAAAAGAGGGCACUUCCGAAAGCCCCCAAGUCAUUCCAAAGAUACGUGAUACGCCCAUCCAAUGAUACAACGAAGUGUAUUGCACUCACCCAGGGCUCAUCAGAUGGAAGAGCUACCAAGAUUUCAGAAUAUCAGUAUAUCACCCCCCUCGAGUCAUCACUUCGCCAGGCCAUUGAGGUGGCAAAUUAUAUCGAGCCUCAGCCAGCAAACACCCCAGGUCAUCAAGGCCAGGCUGUGAGGGUGUGCCCUGAAACCCAGGCAGCUCCAAUCUGGGAGCAGCAAGACCUCUCAUCGAGGCAACGACUCAAAAAUUCAACUGUCUGCAGUCAGAUGUGUGGAUCUUUGCUUCAUGACUUGCUGGUGAAGCAAGAGAUCAUAAUUGAGCAGCAGCAAAAUAUAAUAAGGAUGGUGCAAGACCUUCAUGCAGCCAUGCACAGCAUGACAAACGGGUCAACUACCAUGGAAAGGCACUAUUCUUAUUUCCCCCUCUGCAAUAUUGAGCAGCUGAUGGCCCUGGAAGGAGACCUGCAGUCUCUUCCUGGAUUAAAAAAGGAAUUGGUCACCUCUCUAGGACUUGCUGGGGGUGCCACUAUGAAAGACACAGUUUGGGGCAUCCUCAAACGAGCCAUGAGAAAUGAUCUGGCUCUAAAAGUAACCUGGAGUGGUGUAAAUGGAAAGCGGGCCUUUGAAAGGCUUCAUCUAAAAGCGGUGGUAGUGGAAGCUGUGAGAAGAAACCCCGCCUGCUCUUCAGCCACUGAUAAUGAGAUUGCAAAAGCAAUUAAAAAGUGGUUUUACUGA